AUUACUAAUUCCUCCACUCUUUCCACCGUCCUCCCCCUCGUAGACCAAUGCCCCAUUUCCUACGACGCUCUCUGCCAUUCAUGACCAAGUCAAUCCAAAUUCAUACUCUUCCCCAAACCAAAAACAAAAACCCAAGUCUACGGUUAAGCCAACAAGCUCGACAUCUAAGUAAUAGUACCGCCCACCUAGGUGCCGCCGCCAGCAUGUCUCGCCCAGAUAUCACACUCUACACCGACGCCACGCCCAACGGGAUCAAAAUCUCCAUCGCGCUCGAAGAGCUCGGCAUCCCGUACAAGACCGAACACGUCGACAUCUCGACCAACCGGCAAAAGGAGCCGUGGUUUCUGGAAAUCAACCCCAACGGCCGCAUCCCGGCCCUGACAGACACCUUCACGGAUGGCCAGAAGAUCCGCUUGUUCGAGGCCGGCAGCAUCCUCGCAUACCUGGCCGACCAGUACGACACGGACCAUAAAAUCAGCUACCCGAAAGGUACGCGCGAGUACUACGAGAUGAACAACUGGUUGUUCUGGCAGAACGCGGGUCUGGGCCCCAUGCAAGGCCAAGCAAACCAUUUCGUCCGCUACGCGCCUCAGAAAAUCGAAUAUGGCAUGAAGAGGUACGUCAACGAGACGAGACGGCUGUACGGCGUGCUGGACAAGCACCUCCAAUCGUCCAAGUCCGGGUUUAUCGUAGGCGACCACAUCUCCAUCGCCGACAUCACGACGGUCGGAUGGGUCAUUUGGUCUGGUUGGGCCGGCGUGGAUAUCGACGAGUUCCCGACCUUGAAGAAGUGGGAGGAGAUGCUGAGCGAGAGACCCGGUGUAAAGAGAGGUUGUGACGUGCCCAAACCGUUGAAUAUCAAGGAGAAGUUGAAGGAUAAGAGCAAGGUUGACGAGUAUGCCCAGAUGGCGAGCAAGUGGAUCAUGCAAGGCAUGGAGGGCGACCACAAGAAACAUGGAUCGUAAAGCGGCGAUAGACAUAGAGACAGAAAAGGUGCGACUAGGCUAAUGUCAAUGGCCUACUUACCUCAUCCCAGUGGACUUGUGUAUCAUGGCCUAUCCUGCACAGCGCC